AUGGCGGACUCUGAACCAACAUUCCGCAGCCUCGCCACGAGCUUCACCGACUUUCUCACCGUGGCAAUACACACAAUCCUCUACGAACGCUCCGUCUACCCGCAGACAUCCUUCCUGUCCGCGCGGAAGUACAACUUUGCGGUCCGGCAGAGUCGACACCCCAAGGUCUGUGAAUGGAUUAACGACGCUGUCGCCGCGGUGGAAUCCGAACUUUUCAAAGGCGCCGUCGACCGCGUGGCAGUCGUAAUCUACAGCAAGAACAACAAACCCCUGGAGCGCUACGUCUUCGAAGUCUCCCGAUUUCCAAAAGUCCCGGCUUCCGACGUUGAUGUCCCCCUUGAGCGGCUCGAUGCUGAUGGCCAGCAAGGCAGUGUCUUGCCACUGGUGGACAUGGAGGAGCAAUUCCGAGCGACCAUGAACCAACUCGCUGGUUGCAGCUCUAUGCUUCCUCCCAUACCGGUGGGAUGUGCCUUCACGGUUGCUGUCGAGCUCAAAGAAGAUGGAGAAGCACCAACCGCCCAUCCUCAACCCUGGAUGCCGGUCCAGCCUCGAGCUCCAAACGACGGGGCGAGUGGCAACGGUGUGGUCACUAAGCCUGUGCGAGCUGUGGCUGCCGGGUCUGUUCUAUUUGAGACGUGGAUAGAGCAGGUCAACAGUGACGAUGGAGAUGGCUGA